AUGCUUCCCUCUCAGUCUCAGCAGGAGGAUGUGCCCCCCAUGUCGGCCAGUAUGACCCAACAGCCUCUCCCUCCUUAUCAUAUGCCUUCCACCUCCUCCUCAGAGCAUAACACCCCCGACAUCGACCCGAAGAAAAAGCUACACGUAAAGAGAAAACGGCCCCAGGACGCCGCCAGUGACAGUGCAGAGUCGGCAUCACAUCCUCCGCGGACACGCGAAGGCCCCAAGAAGAAGAAAGCCAACCGAGCGUGUUUUCACUGUCAGAAGGCGCAUCUUACUUGUGAUGAUUAUAAUUGCACUGAAGGACAUCGUAAAAAGGCCAAAUAUUUGCUUGAUGAAGAAGAGCUUGAAGCUAUGAAACGGAACAAGUCAGGAGAGGGUUCAUCGAAAGGUGCCGACUCUGCACCCAUCCCACAAUCGCAACCGGAUUCGCAAUAUGUUCAGCCUGAUCCCAUGUUCUCGUCAUAUCCAGUGUCAUCAUUUUCAAUGACUUCCGAAGGCGCAAAUCUUGAAUACAGCAUCCUUUCCGCCAUCUUGGGCAACUCGCCUGAGGCGUCUGGAGCUGCUACUGGCAGUCCAGCUGCAUCACAAGCUCCUUCAUCUUCAUAUCCUGCACCAACACCGGGUGCUAAUUUAGUCGCAGCAACAUGGCCGACAGAUCCAUAUGCAGCAACACCCCAAUCGGCUUCCGGUAAUGGCUAUGUGACGGGGUCGGCGGGUUUUCAGGAACAUACACCCCUCGCAAUCCAGCCGCCAGACGCGGCUAUGCCUUCAGCUUCCAAUCCUCCGUCCGCACUUUCGCCCAACUUCAUCGCCGGUGAUUCCCGAGGAUUCCCACCUGUAUCGCAGUUUGGGCAAGUGCAAGGACACCCGCCGGCCGUUACCGUUCCUCAGACACAACUCUCUUACACUGACUACCCACCCCCUACUAGCACUCAGUCGACCCCACCAUCAACUUCUACUGGCCAGCGAUUCCCAUCCUAUCCACAACGCGCACAGACGGUUGGUGCAUCGAUACCUGGUGCUAUGAGACCGGAGAGAGGUGCCGCUUGGGCAAAUCAGGUAUCGCUGGGCGUAGGGUCGGGUAUGCCACCCAUAGCACAAAGUGGGGCGGGUGUGUAUCAGGCGGUCACGAAGCCAUACGAUUACACAGAAGGUUAUCACUUUUUGAUGAAGCAUCUACCAACUCGCUUUGAUAAAAAUGAUAUCUUGCGAAUCGUCCGUGCGCUCGCGAUUUUCCGGCCGUCGCUCAUAGCACUUCAAAUGCCACUAUCGGAGGAGGACGAGGUUUUUGUUGAAAAAUGCUUCCAGCGCUCCUUGAUUGAGCUUGACAAAUUAGUAUCAUUUAGCGGUACACCAACUGUUGCAUGGAGGAGAACGGGGGAAAUUUGUCUCGUUGGUCCUGAAUUUUACAUGCUUACCGGCUGGGAGAAAGAAGAGCUUGUUGGACGACGUAAAUACAUAUAUGAGGCAAGUUAUCUUGGAUAUGUCCCCUCUGAUUCGACAUUCAUACCAUCUACUACAGCUGUUUGA